AUGGACUUUCAAGCACUGGCCGCCGCUUGCCACCACGACGCCAUUUACCGCCAGUCAAUCGCGACUUCAAGCUUAUGGGUACAAUCUGCUGCGACCAUCAAUGUGUACAUGAAGCAGCUACAGACUGAACUUCAAACGACUGGACGGGACCAAGGCACUGACCUGGACCGACACGAUGUGGCCAUUACUGAAGACGAGGAUGAUGGUGAUGGUGAUGAUGAUGAUGAUGAUGGACUCGGGUAUACGUUCCACGUCCAGGUCAACGAUCCAACAGCAGCAACAACAGAUUUGCUACUGGAAAAGUCUAUCAAGCCAAUGAAGAUCGAAGUGCUUGAUGUGGACCGCGUCGCGGAUCAACUUGACUCAAUGACGGCUGUUUUCCGCUUCUUGCGGAAUGCUUGUGCAGCUUGUGUGGAUAAUCAAAGUGCUUGUCAAGCUGCAGGGUUGAUGCCAUUGACGCGGGAUGUUGUGCUGCAGUGCUGUUGCUGGGUGGAUGUAGAAGACGAGAAGCUCAAGGAUCGCGUUGUCCUUCUUUUGCAACUUGCGCUUCAGUUUUGCGUCAAUAGCGUCACUGGUAACGUGAAGAACCAGGUGGAAGCAUGGAAGUUGUUCUUUCCCUAUGUUUUCCAGAAACUGCUCGUGGAAUGUCAUCAGCAUCGCAAAGUUGUUGCGUUUGCCGUAGCGCUGAUCUUGAAUUGUGUCAACUCUGACUACAUCAUUGCACCCGAAGCCGAGAAAGUUGCUGCCCGCCGUAUCGAUCUGGUGUGCGCUCGGGACGUGGUGAUCACGAUUCUACAUCGCUGUAUAGCCAAGUUUGCAGAGUCGGAUACGCCACUGCCCAGUGGCAGACCUCGUAUCGAUGACCAGGAUCCAGCUUUCGAGUGGAUCUGUAUGCUGUUUGGCGUGCUUUUUCGCGACGGACGUGCUAAGGACUUGUAUAACGCCGUGGGAGCGCACAUGCUAAGCACACUUUGGUCUCGUGUGACUCCGGAACAGUUGAUUUUGCUGCAAAUGUUCACAAUGUGGGCCCUUCAGAAGUCCAAGCCAAUUUCUGCUGAAACGACGCAAGAGGAGCGUACCGUAUCGCAUGUGCACGGACUUUUUGCAGAUACGUUCGAGUUCGUCACAAGCACGUGGGUGCAUAUAGUCAAUGAUGAAAAUGACGACCGGCCGGCUGAAGCUGACGAGACAAGAAAGAAAGUGUGGAUUGAGCUUGAAAACCAAGCAAAGUUGCUGCUGCUUGACGUGCUUGGGGAGUUGACAAUUGACCAGACGACGCUGAAGACUGAAAGCUCUCGGAAACUUUUGAUAUCUCUACUGCAAGAGUUACAGCGUGUCUGGGAACUCGGGCGGCAAAAUCCAACAACGAAGAGUUACCAGGCUGCUGGAUCCACGCCGCAAGCACGAACAAAGGGAGAGCCGCUUGGGUACAGGUCCAGCUUGAUCCGACUCAUUGGUAACCUCUGCUUUCGUCACACAGAGCACCAAGAUCUCGUGCGCGAGAACGGCAACUUGCCCCUUUUUCUCAGCCAUUGCAACAUUGACGAAGCGAACCCGAUGAUCCGGGAGUGGUCUUUGGUAGCUUUGCGCAACCUGUGUGAGGGAAAUGAGGCCAAUCAAGCGUACAUCAAUGCACUACGCCCGCAACAAAUGCAUCCGAAGUAA